AGUAACCUGUUUCCUGUCUGUAUUUCAUCGACAGCAUGGCCAGUUCGAGUAAAGCCACUUUAAUCUUGCUCAUCUACGGAAUCUUAAUGCACUACAGCGUCUUCUGCACACCUAUAGGACUAAGUUACCCAAAGAUCAGACUUGAAAACGAUGCGUUUGAUGAGGAUGGCAACUCUCUGUCCGACAUGGGCUUUGACAGCGACCAGCUUGCUAUACGAAGCCCCCCAUCUCUAAACGACGAUGCGUACAGCCUGUACUACCCACCAGAAAAAAGACCAGAAAGGCAUGCUGAGGAAGAAUUAGAUAGAGCCUUGAGGGAGAUCCUGGGUCAGUUAACAGCGAGACAUUAUCUGCAUUCUCUGAUGACUGUUCGUGCAGGUGACGACAACAGCAUGGAGGAAGAGUCAGAGCCCCUGUCCAAAAGACACUCAGAUGGGAUCUUCACCGACAGCUACAGCCGCUAUAGAAAGCAGAUGGCCGUGCAGAAAUACCUGGCAGCGGUUCUGGGUAGAAGGUACAGACAGAGAGUUAGGAACAAAGGACGCCGGCUCGCCUAUUUGUAGCUCCGCUGAAAGAAA